UGCUCCAUCGCCAUUCUCCGUCGCAUCUCCGCAGAGCUUUCUCUCGUUGCGGUGACGAAGGGGAGAGUGGUGGUGGUGGUGCUGCAUUGUUGUGUGAGCGUGGUUGUGGCUUGCAGCCAUGUUGGCAGCUUUCGGGAAGAAUCGCGCGCUUGUCUCCUCUCUCUUGAGAGGGGGUAAUGGCGGUGAUGGAGCUUCCGCGGCUGCGGUCUGGGCGGUUUCCAAGAGGUUCAUGUCGGCGUCGGGAGAUUCGAUCACCGUUCGAGAGGCUUUGAACUCUGCCAUCGAUGAGGAGAUGACAGCGGACUCCAAGGUCUUUGUUAUGGGUGAAGAGGUUGGAGAAUAUCAAGGGGCAUACAAGGUCACAAAGGGUCUCUUGCAGAAAUUUGGACCAGACCGUGUUUUGGAUACUCCUAUUACGGAGGCUGGUUUCACUGGACUUGGUGUUGGAGCUGCAAUGUACGGCUUGAAGCCCAUCGUGGAGUUCAUGACCUUUAACUUCGCCAUGCAGGCCAUCGAUCAUCUCAUCAAUUCAGCAGCUAAGACGAACUACAUGUCUGGUGGGACGAUUAAUGUUCCCAUAGUGUUCCGGGGCCCUAACGGAGCAGCUGCAGGUGUCGCCGCUCAACAUUCUCAGUGCUUUGCUGCAUGGUACGGCCAAGUUCCUGGGCUCAAGGUCUUGGUUCCUUACGACGCUGAAGAUGCCCGCGGACUCAUGAAGGCUGCUAUUCGGGAUCCAGAUCCCGUUGUUUUUCUAGAGAACGAACUAUUGUAUGGAGAAUCUUUCCCAGUAUCGAAGGAGGUGCUUGACCCUAGCUUCACGCUCCCAAUUGGAAAGGCUAAGAUAAUGAGGGAAGGGAGUGACCUUACCAUUGUGACAUUCUCGAAGAUGGUUGGGUAUGCUUUGAAGGCUGCUGAUGAACUUGCGAAAGAAGGCAUAAGCGUAGAGGUGGUCAACUUGAGGUCAAUCCGACCUCUUGACAGAGAAACAAUCAACGCAUCAGUGCGCAAGACCUCAAGGUUGUUAUGUCUUGAGGAAGGAUGGCCUCAGCAUGGAGUUUGCGCUGAGAUUUGUGCGAGCGUUGUCGAGGAAAGCUUUUAUUACUUGGACGCUCCAGUGGAGCGGAUAUGUGGUGCUGAUGUACCUAUGCCGUAUGCGGCCAACUUAGAGCGACUCGCAGUGCCUCAGAUCGAUGAUGUGAUUCGGGCUGCUAGGCGAAUAUGCUUCCGGAAGCAGGAUAAGCGAAAGGCAACAGCGUAGAGCGGAUACUUGUUUUCAGUGUUCAUUUUGUGGAGUUCCAUGUAGGAGUAAUGAAUACAUCUCCUCUAAUUUACUUGUGUAAUAAUUUGCAUGCAGAUCAUUGCCAUCAUGAUUUAGGAAACGAUCAUGAGAGUUGGUCAUGGAUGUGUUGUGAUUUCUAAGGUCUUUAGAGUCUCUUCACUUGAAUUUGUAGGUUACACAGAUAAUUUUAGUUCAAGAUUGUGUUGGAAGAGUAGAGAGAAAUUAAUCUUAUUUAUAUUAUGAAGUGUAGCAUUUGAUGGGGUUACCCAUUGCAUAGCUGAGGUAGAUUUCCUUCUAUUUAAAUCCAUGAAUGGAAUUAAACAAACGAAUGUCCACUCAAUGAUCAGUCAUUUUCCACGGAAAUAAAAUAGCGGUGAGUGUGCA